AUGUCUCCUACUAAGUUAAGCGUCUUUGCAAAUUUGGCGCUGGUCGCCAGCGCCAUCCUGAUCCCGCCGUCUGUCACGGCGGAGCUCGACAAGGCUAUUGAGGGGCUCGCGAUUGACCCCUUCACCCGCACCGUUACUCUGGACUGCCCCGGAUGUCCCUUUGCAAGUCUGGAGGGCGACUCAUAUGAAUGGACGCCUGAUGCCGGCAACGCUUUUCGUUUAGACCUCCAAGUUGCCGACGAGACCAACUUCAAUAUCGAUGGCAUUCAGCUGUUCCCGCCUACUCUCAGCGUGAACCCUAUCCACGUCACCCAAAUUGAUCCCUCCUCCAAAGAAGAGCUACGCCUCCGUGUCACUGGCUUCCAGUUCCGCUUUAAUGGCGCAAAGACCGUCUCUGAGACAGGCACCGAGCUGCUGCCUGUGACACUCAAGAUCGCCAGCAUCGAGGAGGUUCCGGUCACACUCCCAGAACUCACUAUUAAUCUCCUCAAGGAUACCGAGGGCCGUUUGAUGAUCGCCUCAUUCGAUACCACACGAGCCAGCGAGGAGGCCUCUCCGAUCGCCGAGCUCAAGGAGUGCAACGAGUGGCCAUUACUCUGCAAAUGGAAGGGCAUGUUUGCUGACAGAAUCGAGAGGAUGAAGAAGAUGGGCAAGGGCUGCCACCACAUGAUGGAGCAUGGAUUCCACGGCAAGCCACCACACCCCUUCCACCAUGGCAUGCCUCCCCAUGGCUCCGAGCACAUGGACCACCACCAUAUGGGCCACGAUCACAUGGGCCACAUGGGCCACCGCCACCACCGUCACGGACGUGUCCAGACAUUCUUGCGCCGCGCCUUCUUUACCAUCUUGAUCCCGAUUGUGAUUGGUAUCUUUGCCGGCACUGUCACCUACCUCAUUGGUAUGGCUCUGGGCUGCCUCAUUGCUAUGAGCGUUGCCAAGAUUCGCGGCCAGAGCUAUCAGAGAAUUGCGCUCGAGGACGACGUGCCAGCGGCAUAUGAGGGGAGCGAGAAGCAGGAUUUUGCCGAGCUUCCAGCCUAUGAAGCGCCUCCGGUCUACGAGGAGGCCACUGAGAAGGAGGUGACGGAUAGCAAGUAG